UUCAUUGGUUGAAAUUUAGACCUCGAAAAAAUGGCAGCCCCCAUGUGUCUCACAAAAUUUAGAGGACAACUUAUAAACAUUUCAGGAAGACUAUUUCCCCUACAGAUAAAUUCAAAUUGUAGAUUCGUAUUUACUAACAGUGACGAUUAUAUCCUAGAUUAUGAUAUAGAUGAAGAAGAAUUAGAGAAAAAACUCGCGAAGAUUAGGGAUUGCUCUGGACUAACUCGACCUCAGAAAAUGAAACAUUAUGGAAAAAUGCCUGGACUUGAAGUUAUAUUUAAGAACGGUUACAAGGGGAAGAAACGAAAUAAAUUAAGGAGACUGUAUGCCGAGUAUGGCCAUGAAUCAGGGAUCAACCCUGGUAUUAUGUUUCCAAGCAAACCAGAACUUAAUGAUCUGUGGGAUAUAGAGAAGAACUGGACAAAGUCUUUUCAAGAAAUAAAAGAAGACCUAGAAAACAAAAAGGCUGCAGAAAUAGAAGCUGACAGACUCAGGUAUGAGAAGAUAGAGAAAGCAAUGGCUGGCAUGAAUGGUUUAUUGAAAAAUCACAUUAACAAGCAGAAGAAGUCUGAAGAAGACCAACGAAAGAGAGAUAAAACUGAGGAACUUCUGGAUGAGUUUAAGCUGCAGUACGGGUUCAAUGCUACUCCAGACUCCAAACAAUUUAAGCAGUUUAAACGUAUAAAAAGUGAAGAACUCAAAGACAUGAAAGCAAAACAAAAGAAAGAGGAAAAGAAAGCAUCAAGUUUCCAGCGUUUAAAACAAGAUUUAGAAAACGAAGUGAAGUCAAAAUUAGAAAAUUGAUUUUCAUUUUGUGUUGUGUUCAUGUUCAAGUGUUUGUUUACUUUCUGUAAAAUAGGGAAAUGUGUACCAUAAAAAUGAAACAGACAGUGCUAUUAUACUAGUGAUUGUAAAUACAUAAGAUAAAAAUAUCAAAAGUGGCAUAACUUUAAGGUUCAAACUUAAUGUUUCCUUGUAUACAGAUUUACUUUUAAGGUUAUUCUGAUGUUUUUCAAUGACCAAAAUAAAAGAUAAAAAAUCAG